AUGGGGGGUCCACCGUUACCGCCUCCGCUUCUUCGUACGGAAGCUGAUCCGGCGCCGGGAGUCGAACAACCUGACAUGGCGGGUUUAAAACUUCUUCCGCAGCAAGAAAUUCCCACGCCCAAAGCAAAAAUGAAAACUAUCAACUGGAACAAAAUUCCAAAUCACAAGGUCGUCGGGAAAAAUAAUAUUUGGUCGAUCGUUGCGAGGAGUCAUCAACACACGCCGAUGGUUGAUCUCGAUUGGGCGGAAAUGGAAGGUCUUUUCUGUCAGCAAACUCCAGCCAUUCAAACAUUGACGGCAUCACCGAGGUUAGGACGUGAAAUUCACGAACCUGACAGAAAAAGAAAAGAAACGUCGGAGAUUGUUUUGCUCGAUGGAAAACGAAGUUUAAAUGUAAAUAUAUUUUUAAAACAAUUUCGAAGUUCCAACGAAGACAUAAUACAAUUAAUCAAAGAUGGCGGUCACGACGACAUAGGAGCGGAAAAACUUCGGGGAUUAUUGAAAAUUCUACCGGAAAUAGACGAGUUGGAAAUGUUGAAAUCUUUCGACGGUGACAAAUCGAAAUUGGGAAAUGCGGAAAAGUUUUUAAUGCAACUCAUAUCAGUGCCGAAUUACAAAUUAAGAAUCGAAAGCAUGUUGUUAAAAGAAGAAUUUGCUGCCAAUAUGGGUUACCUUGAACCCAGCAUAAAUUCCAUGAUCGUAGCUGGAGAAGAUCUUAUGACGAAUAAACAAUUGCAAGAAUUAUUAUACAUGGUCGUCGUUGCUGGAAAUUUUUUAAAUUUUGGUGGUUAUGCUGGAAACGCUGCUGGAGUUAAAUUAACAUCACUUCAAAAAUUAACAGACAUUCGUGCCAACAAACCUGGAAUGAAUUUAAUCCAUUAUGUCGCCAUGCAAGCGGAAAGAAAACGUAAAGAAUUACUUAAAUUUCCAGAGGAUUUAUCCGCUUUGGACGAUGCCACGAAGACGACAAUCGAACAAUUACAAAAUGAAAUCAAUUUAUUAGAUUCGAGAAUAAAAAAAGUUCGUAAGCAAAUAGAUUUGCCAUCGACGGAAACGGAAAUCAAAUCUCAAAUGAUUGAAUUCCUUCAGAUGGCGGAAAGAGAAGUCGCAGGUUUGCAAAAGGACAUGGACGAAUUGGAAUCCGUUAGAAAAUCACUCGCGGAAUUUUUCUGCGAAGAUCCUGCCACGUUCAAACUGGAAGAUUGUUUUAAAAUACUUCACGGAUUUUGUGUUAAAUUUAAACAAGCCGUUGCGGAAAACGAAAGAAGGAGAAUUCAAGAAGAGCAAACGUACCUGAGGAGGAAACAAAGAGAAGAACAAUUGGCAGCCAAAAGACGUCAACUUAACUCGAAUAACUCCGAUAUGUUAGAUUGCAACAGCAUGGUCGAUAACAUAUUCUGCGAUAUAAGAUCUGGAUUCUCGCCAAAGAGGUCAAUGGACAAAGAUGGAAAAAUGAGAAAAUUACAAAAUGGUAAUAUGACUUCGGAAGAUGACAAUAUGAGUUCUCCAGGUUUGUCGAGACGUCGAAUGGGAUCCUUUUCCGGUCAUUUAGUCGAAAAUCACGCUCAGGAUUCUCCCGACAUAACUCCGACUGGUAGCUUACGUAGAAGAAGGAGUCGAGUACCAAUGGAAGAAGACGAUUCUAACUUGAUGGAUUUUUUACGUACUUCCGGUCAAGAAAUUGCUUGCAGAGAAAGAAAAUCUUGGGGAUCACUCGAUCGUUCGUGGGCGAGACGUGCGAGAGGAGGUCGAAGAAGACCCGAUUUAUUAUCCGCAGAUUUUUCCGGCGAAAGAGAAAGGCCAACAUCACCGUCACCCUUGGCCGAACAUAAACCUUUAAUACCUGUACCGGAAAACGAAGAUAAACCUAGAGCAUGGAAACAAAAAAUAGAGGCGUGGUUGCAGGAAAAUGAAAAAGAAGAAAAUGAAAGUUCGGCAUCAGAAGAGAUAAAAAGGAGAAAUAGGAAAAAUUUAAGCGUAAAUAGAAGGUCACUGGAAGGUGAUUCAGAAAGUGAAAGCCGAAGUGGAAUAUUAGACACGUUGCCGGAGGAAAGAAUUUCUAAGUCGAACGAACCAUCACCGAUGGAAUACAAAAGAGUUUAUCCGGAUUGGAAGCCUGCCAUUGACCAAACGGAUGUUGUCGGAGUUAUGGAAGCCAUAGAAGACAAAUCCAUCUGGAGAAAAUCAAAUUUAAAUCUUCCAAAUGCGGCCGAUGAAGCAGAACAAGACGCGAGAAAAUUAAGGAGGCAACGUAGCAGAGGAAACAUGGAACAAAUAAACGCAAGCAAUUUGAUGUACAUAAAAGAAGAAGAAAAGCGAAAAGGUUUGAUAAGCGCUUUGUCUCAGGUUCCAAUACAAGAUAGGUUAACGUUAUACCUGAGGAGACCUUCGGAAGAUAAAAAUUUCUACAGGAGCGGAAGUUUGAGAGCACCCAAAAAAAUCGACGUCGUCUCUAAUUCAGGUAGCAUACCGAGCAGUCCGAUAAUGACCCGAUCGUCGUUGUUACGAAAAUACCGUUACGGUUCGAACGUGUCAGAAGACGCAAACGACGAUCGCACACUUCCACCCUACGUACCCCGACGCAUUCAAAAAACGAAAGACGAAGAUGACGUCAUCAGCGAUAAAAUUGAAAUAGAUUCGGAUAAUAUAGAAACGCCACCGGCGACGAGGAGAAAAUUUGGUAAGAUGAGAGAAUUUUCAUCUUCUCUCGAAGACGAACCCAGGAGACUCGAACCCAUCGAAACUUCGCAAGAAUUCGAAUCUCCACCGGAAGAAGGAGACAGAGUGAGUCCCGAGGGUAGAUCGGAUAAGGAAAUGAUGAACGAAAGAGGAUCGCUCCUCCGAAACAGCCAAAGACUUCGAGAUAUCGCGAGAAGAAACGAAGAAGAAGAAGUUCUCGGCGACGGUCAAUUCGAUAGAUUUUCAUCCACGCGGAGAACGAGGAGAUACAAGAAAAGCGUCGAUUCCGGUCCGGACGUUACGGAAAAAGAAAACGACGAGAAUAAUUCUACCCUAGCGGGAGACCAAAUGUCGAGACCUUCUCCGACUCAACCAACUCCUCAAGAGUUGACUUCGAGCACGACGGUACACGUAGACGACAAAGAAGCUCGAUUGAAAAAAUGGCAGAAUCGUUUGAAAUACCACGGGACGGCUGUUCAAAACGAAGACACUCGUCUCGCUCAAGAGGCCAUAACGGAUAUAAACAAAUUCGGUUCGGAAUUGAAAAACAUUGAUCAAAUGAAUCAGGGGAAUCCGAAGAAAUCCGAACAGUCUUAUAAGGGUGGUAAUAAUUUAAACGAUGGUAAAAGACUUCAAAGAGGGCAAAGCUUACAAGAGUCCAGACGAGGUUCGAUGGGUAGAAGUAAUAAUAAUAAUGAUAAUAACGAUACCAAAGCAGAUAUAAAAUCAACAAACAAUCAAAUAGACGAAAUUUAUUUGAACAAUGAUAAAAGCGAUUUCAUACCUGAAAUCAGAGUUCAAGCCAACACUCCGGCAUGUUUGAAAACAAAACCUGAACAACACGAGCUCAACGACGAAGGAUUCGAAGAAACUCAAAGUUUAGGUUCGGAAACUCCGAGUCAAGGCACAUCUUCCGGAUGUAAUUACGAACAGGAUUCGGUGGAUUCGCACGGAUUGAUUCGGGAUAAUAAUAAUAAAAAGAGAAGCGGAAAACUCAACAGAGCCGACAGCAGCGGAAGCGGCGAUACAAACACGAGCAGCAGCACGAAUCCCCCCGUGAAAAAAUUCAUAAGAAAUUCAAAUGCUACGAGAUCUCUCAUGACUCCUACGAGGGUCGGAACUCUUAUGCAAAAAUUACACAGGUCGGACCUGAGAUCGAACAACAGGUUGGAUAGAAGCAAUUCUCUUAAGGUUAGUCAAAAACAAGGGGGAGCAGAAGAAAGGAAAAUUUUGUUGAGCAAGUAUUCGAAUUUGAGGAAAACGGAUUCGCAAUCGAGUUUGAGCGGAAACAAAGGGAACGGACAAAUAAAUAAAAGACGAGGAGUCGAACGUUCGAAUUCCCGUACGAGUCUGAGAAGUUCGAGAAGUUCCCUAAACAGUUCGACAUCCGUUAACACCGUCAGAAACGUGUCAUCGAAAUCUUCCGGUAGCGUUCAAAGCGUACCUCCUAACGAAAAAUCAACGACGACGACGACGAGACGUUUGGCUGGUUACACGACGGCCAUAAAAAAUUUAACGAAUAAUUUGAAGAAAGAAUCGGCGGAUAAGCAAAAUUUCGGUUAUAAAAAAUCUUCGGGUUCCCAACCUUCGUCAGAGGAUCGUAAAAAACCGUUGGGACAAGUUCAACUCAGGAAUUCAAUCGAAAAGAUAAAAACAAACGUUCCGGCUAGCAGGAGUAGCAGUAGCGGUAGCAGCAUAGGUCCGACAGCAAGACGACCGAAAUCAUCGACUCUAAACACGAGUUUUAAAGAAAAUCAAUCGAUUAAAGAGUCUAAGGGUGGAAUUGGGAGUGGUGGUAAUGGUGGCAGCACCGGAGGAGGUGGACCACAGAGCAGAAGCAGCAGCACCGGAAGUAUAACGUCAGAAUUAAAACCGAAAAUGACAAAAUUAACGACGGGUUUAUCUUCUUCUUCGAAACAAAAGGAAAACAACAACUACGGAAACACGGGAAUAAAAAUUCCGAGAACGACAGGAAUAGGAGGAGGUUUAAAUUUUAUGAAACCUACAGCAGCGAGUUCGGCAAAAGAACCGGAAAUUAAAUUUUUAAACAAAUUGGGUUAUGCAACCGGCAAUACGCUAAACCCGACAAAUUGCAUAACUCAAAAAAGUAAGGCGGGCGGAAAAAAUCGAAAAAAUUCAAAAAUCCUUAAAAAUUGUGGUUAUGCAACUGGCAAUACGCGAAAACAUGACAAAUUGCAUAAUUCAAAAAAGUAA